UCCCCACUUUUUGUCUUCUUCUCAAAUCCCCUCCUACUAAUUUCAAAAUCCCUCUUCUCGCGUUGUCUUCACCCAUUUCCAUUUCCUCUCUUUCCUCGCUUCUCAAUGCCCAAUUGAUCGCCCACCAUUCGCUCAGCUUCUGCAUCCGGUGUCUCAUUCUGAUCCCGCCACCGCAUUUUGGUGGGUCCGGCGACUGCCAUGGGAGAAAUCGGAGAUGGGUUCUUCCGUAUAUUGUUGUAGCGUAGUGUAGCCGAGUCGGAUUCGUUCAUGAGCUUGAGGAAAAAAAAAUUGCCCCCACCCUUUUGGUCGGUUUUUCAUAUACUCCGAAGUUGACUCGUGGGUCUCCUUUCUUCUUCCUUUUCUCCUUCCACCGGCCAUCCGCUUUAUUUCUUCCUCUCUCUCUCUCUGUCUCCUCAGCCAUUCUUCAGAGUUCCAUCUCCAGAGAGAGAGAGAGAGAGAGAGAACAAGAGCUCUAAUGGAGUACGAGAGGAUUCACAAAGUUCAGACAGGUUUAAUUUCUCCUAGUAAACUUAGAAUGAAGCUCAUGGGACCUCAUCACCAUAAAAAGAAAGAUGGAUCAAACUGCAACUCUUCAAGAACUUCUCCUUCUAAGCUUGAAGACACUGAGUUUGCUAGAAAUAGUUUAUUAUUGUCUGCUGAAAGUGGUGACUUUGAAGACGAAGUGACAUCUGAAAAGGUUUUGAAUCAGUCAGUUUCAGACCCUAAACCAAGUGAUCGGUCUUCAGGUCUGCUGAAAGAGUUUCCCUUGAAGGAAAAUAGUGAAUCGGUUCAAAAUCGAAUGAACCAAUGUUCGAAUUCAAGCACAGUUCAUCCUUCAAAACCAAUAGAAGAUGAAAAUCUGGAUUAUGAUAGUAAUGCAAGUUCAUCUAGUUUUGAGUUUCAUAAGGGGGAGAGGUCUGUACAUAGUUCGAUUUCGAGGUCCCACUUGAGGCCAAUGCCAUCGAAGUGGAACGAUGCGGAGAAAUGGAUAAUGAACCGUCAAAACAAUGGGCAGGCUGUCAAUUAUCCUAAGAAGAAUGUUCCACAAAACCAUGGAUAUAGAAUGAUGGCAGCAAAUAUGGUGAGGGUUGCUCCCGAAUCUGCCAACUCUGAGCUUCGAUCGUCGAUUGGUAGAGUUGUGGAUGCGAAGCAUGUUGAGUUCUGUCAAUCUGGAAUGCAGAUGGGGCCUGAGAAGUUCUCUUUUGUGCCUGCUGGGGCUUAUUCCUGUGCAGAUAACGUGUUGGUUGAUUCAUGUUCGCAAAUUAAGGACUUAAGUGAAGUGGAUCACGAGCCAUCUUCGAAAGCUAGUAAAGAAGAUUUGACAGGCAUCCCUGCAGUAAGAGCAGUUUCAAUGAGAGAUAUGGGAACAGAAAUGACCCCAGUUCCUAGCCAAGAGCCUUCGAGAACAGCUACUCCUGUUGGGGCGUCUCCGCUUCGCAGCCCGACUUCUUCAAUUCCCUCCACACCUCGGAGAGAUGAACCAGCUCCAACUCCUAUUGAGCAAUCUGCGACCGAGCUGCAACAAUCAACAGAAAACGGGAAAAGGGAACUAUCAGAAGAUGAAAUGAAGCUCAAGACAAGAAGAGAGAUUUUAGCCCUUGGGAUGCAGCUUGGCAAGACGAACAUUGCUGCCUGGGCUAGUAAGGAUGAGCCGGAAAAGAAACGGCAGAACGCUGAAAAUGCUGAUAGGGAGGCACUCAAGCAAGCGGAGUUCGAAAAACGUGCAGCUGCGUGGGAGGAAGUUGAAAAGUCUAAGCAUAUGGCAAGAUAUAAACGCGAAGAAAUCCAAAUCCAAGCAUGGGAAAGCCAGCAGAAAACGAAGCUCGAGGCCGAAAUGCGGAGAGUCGAGGCUCAGGUUGAGCAAAUCAGAGCUCAAGCUGAAGUGAAGAUGAUGAAGAAGAUUGCGAUGACAAGGCAAAAGUCGGAAGAAAAACGGGCAGCGGCCGAGUGUCGAAAGAGGCAAGAGGCAGAAAGGGCAGCAGCACAGGCUGAACAUAUUCGGCAGACGGGUCGAACGCCGUCCUCCUCUUACAUUUGUUGCGGUUGGCUGUGAUCAAACCAAAAACCCCAUGAAAAGAAUUUUGCAGCCUUAGCUCCCAGAAGAGAAUUCUUAAAGCCUUACCUCAGAGUGUUCAUAUCGAAUAAACAGAGAAGUGUAACUUCAUUUUCUUGAUGAAAAAUGUCUCCCCUUCUUGCACCUAAUACAGCGAGAAUGCUUCAUUGUUUACCCUUGUGGAUUUGGCUUGGUUUUCAUUGAUCAAGAGUUGGAUGAUGAAUGAGAAGUUCCCAACAUUUUGGACUUA